AUGGGUAACAUCAUCUCCACGCGGUACCAACGCGUGCGCCUGCGGGAGACGUUCUCCAGAUGCGCCGCGGAGAGCGCCACGGCGGCGCACAACUUCGAGGUGGCCAGCUACCCGCUGCUCGACGGCAUGGGCGUGGGCAGAUACGUUAGCUCGACCACGUUCGGCGCCGGCGGCUACAAUUGGUGCAUCUUGUUCUACCCGGACGGAUCUGGGGCCGACUGUGCCGGCUACGCAUCAGCCUUCUUGCGUUGCGUUUGGCCGGCGGGAGGCGACGCCGCGAGGACCGAGUUCACGUUAGACAUCAUGGAGAACGACCCAGGCAAAGCACAGAGACUGUCUGGCGACCUCGAGCGCGCCUUGAAGGACGGGAGGGGCGCAGACGUCACGCUGGGCGUUGGUGGCCGGGUGUUCAGCGCGCACAGGUUCAUACUCGCGGCGCGGUCGCCAGUGUUCAAGGCGGAUAAGGUUACGCAGCACCUAGAGGUCGUCGACAUGGAGCCGGACAUCUUCGAGAUGCUUCUUCACUUCGUCUACACGGAUUCACUACCACCAUGUAAUUAGAUCGACCAAGGAGAUUAUGGUACCGCGGCGAUGCAGUAUCUGCUAGUGGCGGCAGAUCGGUACAGGCUGGAUAGACUCGAUCAAGAUGAUAUGUGA